UGUUAAGAGGUAAAGUUCACUGUUUUGAAUCCUGUUGCGAGGAAGUGUUUGGGAUCAUCAAAAGGAGUUCAAUAAAUAUCAUGCAUAUGUUUCAUUUGUUACAGAAAGCGUUUGUUGACAUUCACAGUAUGUUUCGAAGGAUCUGCUUUUAAAGCUUCCUGAGUCUCUGGGGCGGGUUGACUGUCUAGGACCAGGAUGGAGACGGCGCUGUUGGAUGGCUGGAAGGAGGAGAGGGCGGAGCUGAGGGCGGAGGUGUCUCGCCUGCAGAAUGAGCUGGCUGAGAGUCACGCUGAGAGAGAGGAGCUGGAGUCACGUGCCCAGGCCCUCACAGACAGGCUGUCCCAGUCCCUGGACCCGUCCCUGUGUGUGCGCCCGGACAGUGACCUGAGAAGGAAGAUGCGAGAUGGCAGAGAGAGGGAGGCCCGGCAGGCUCUACUCAUCCACAAACUGCAGAACAAGGUGGUUGAAUACCGGGAUCGCUGUCAGGGUUUGGAAUACCAGGUGAAGACUGAAGAAAGAGAGAUCCUGAAACGUGAGAGGAGGAUCAGGGAUGAGCACAGUGACUCCUUAGAGAGCGCCCUCAUCAGGCUGGAGGAAGAACAGCAGAGGAGUGUAGGGCUGGCAGAGCUGAACUCUCUCCUUCGUGGCCAGCUCAGCCAAUCAGGCCAGGUAAAUGAAGCACUGAGAGAGGACCUUUGCAAACUGACUACCGAUUGGUCCAAAGCGGUGGAGGAGGCGGGACUGAGGGAGAUGGAGUGGCAGAAAGAGAAAGAGCGACUGACCGGUCAUGUCGACCGGGGGCAGAGUCGUCUGAUGUCCAUGUGGGGAGAUGUGGUCACUCUGAGACGACACUGUCACACUGUGAAGACUGCCACUGACAGGGACCUCUGGGAGCUUAGAGCUGAGUUCUCUCGUCUGUCUUCCUCUCUCCUCUCCCACUGUGGUUCAGUGGUGUCUCUAACUCUACGGCCCAGUGACCCUACAACCAGCCUCCAUCCUGCUCCCCGCUCUGCCUCCGCCCCACCCCACUCCUCCACCCCGGGCUCACCUCCUCUCUCCUCCACCCUAGGCCCUCUCUCCUUGCAGGAUCUGGAACACGACCAGAAGGAGAGAGAGCGGGAGAGAGAGGAGAGAGAGAGGGAGCUGACAGAGCUCAGAGCCCUCUAUGAAGCUGAGACCCUGCAUCUGAAUAACAGGAUCUCAGAGUUAUCUCGUAUCAUUCAGGAUCAAAAGAUAGAACGACAGGAGGAGGAGACGAAGAUCGAGCGAGGGAUGGCUUCGGAGAAGAAAGAGGAGAGAGAAAAGGAGAGACAGACAAACACAGAGAGAACUCUAGAGUGUGUCUAUCAGGCCGUUCUAAAACUGUCCAAGGUGCUGAGCUCCCAGAGUCUGGAUGGACAGAGUAGCAGUAGCCAUACUCUGUCUCUGUCCAGUGAUUGGUUAGGACCAGACCUGUUGACUAGAGGGCUAACCCAGGUGCUGGCUGUAUUGGCCCAGGCUGAGACCAACCUGCUGUGGCGGCACCAGGAAGUACAGGAGGCUGCGGCCAGCCUGCGGAGGCUGGGUGAGGAGAGAGCAGGACUGGAACAGAGAGUCAGACAGCUGGAGAUGGACACAGAGGAGAGGCAGAAACAGAGCCUGUAUGAAGAACAGGAGCUCACUCACAUUCAGGACAUGUUACUCAGUGAGAGAGAGAUGGUGGGCUCCCUGAGGAGUCAGCUGAAGGAAGAAGAGAGACAGAGUGAGGAGAGGAGGAAGGAGAACGAACGACUGAGACUGGAGAGAGAGAGGGAGGAGGAGCAGAGGAACGAGCUGGAGAGCGAGAGACAGAGACGGUUGGAGGUGGACCUGGUAGAGAAUGCCCAUCUCAGUGAGCGUGAGGCUUGUAUCCGCAUGGAGCUGCAUGUUCUACAAGGAGCGCUGCAGAGAGAACAGCUGGACAGGGAGAGGGCAGAGGAGGAAGCUGCUGAUGCAAGGGAUGCGCUAAGCAAGGCCCGUGAGUCAGUGUUAACCCUUUCGUCUGGUCAAACCCUUCUGAAGAGAGAAGUGUCAGAGCACCGUGACGCCCUAGAGAAGAUGGCUGCCUUAAACGAAUCCUUAGCCAAGGACAAGAGAGAGCUCAACGCCCAGGCACUACAGACAUCUGCUCUUACCCUCAAGCUUGAGAUGGAGAUGGCUGACCUCCAGGUCCAGCUACAGGGACUAGAGUCAAAGGUCGUGACCCUUCGUAGGGAGCUUCACACCCAGUCCAAUGAGAGCACAGAGUUAAGGACUCGUAGAAGAUCAGAGCUCAGCUCCCUGCAGCAGCUCAGGGACAGAGAGAGGGAGCUGGAGAGAGAGGUGGAGACCAUACGACACGAGAAGGAGAGAGAGGUGGAGACCCUACGGGAGGAGAAGGAGAGAGAGGUGGAGACCAUACGGGAGGAGAAGGAGAGAGAGGUGGAGACCCUACGGGAGGAGAAGGAGAGAGAGGUGGAGACCCUACGGGAGGAAAGAGGAAGGGUUGGAAAACGACUGGAAGAGCUGUCUGUGCAGCACGGUGCAGUGUGUGGGGAGUUGAGAGGUCUGCAGGCAGAGCUGUGCCAAGCGACAGAGCAGCAGAGGAGGGCAGAGAGAGAGACUGAGGAACUACUAAGAGAGAACCAGGAUGUGGUGGGGACUGUCCUCUCACUGGAGAAAGAGAGAGACCAGCUGGGGCAGGACAUUGAGGAACUCAGGAUCCUGACGGUCUCACAGCAGCACCAGUUAACCCAGGCCCAGCAGCAGGUCUCAGGGCUGGAGGUAGAGAGUAGGCAGCUGCAGAUCCAGGUCACCACUCUGCUCCAGACCAAGGAUGUGAUGCAGGGGGAGGUCCAGUGUCUGAGGGGAGAGAUGGAGAGAGGGAGGAGCCAGACAGAGAAGGAGAAACAGGAGGAGCGAGAGGAGAGAGAGAGGAGCCAGAGAGAGAGUGAGGUCUGGCAGGCUGACCUGGAAAGGCUGCAGGUACUGGUAGAUCAGACAACAGAGAAAGGGACAAGACAAGAGGAGGAACGGAGAGAAGAGAGGGAAGGAUGGCAGAGAGAGAGGAUGGCAUUGAGCUCGGAGCUGGGGCACAGAGAUGGAGAGGUGGUGGCGAUGAAGAACAGGAUGGAGGGUUUGGAGAAGGAGAAGGAGGAGAUGUCGUGUCUGUUGGAGGAGAGAGACGCAGAGCUGGAGAGACUAACCAUAGAACACAAGAGCCACCAACACAGAGAGAGAAAACUGAAGGAGGAGGGGGAGAGAUGGAGAGAGAAAGCAGAGGAGGGAGAGAGAUGGAGGGAGAAAGCAGAGGAGGGAGAGAGAUGGAGAGAGAAAGCAGAGGAGGGAGAGAGAUGGAGAGAGAAAGCAGAGGAGGGAGAGAGAUGGAGAGAGAGAGCAGAGGAGGGGGAGAGAUGGAGGGAGAAAGCAGAGGAGAGAGCAGAGGAGGGGGAGAGAUGGAGGGAGAAAGCAGAGGAGGGGGAGAGAUGGAGGGAGAGAGCAGAAAAGAGAGCAGAAGAGGUAGAGAGAUGGAGAGAGAAAGCAGAGGAGGGAGAGAGAUGGAGAGAGAAAGCAGAGGAGGGAGAGAGAUGGAGAGAGAAAGCAGAGGAGAGAGCAGAGGAGGGGGAGAGAUGGAGGGAGAGAGCAGAAAAGAGAGCAGAAGAGGGGGAGAGAUGGAGGGAGAAAGCAGAGGAGAAAGCAGAGGAGAGGGAGAGAGAAUAUGAGAGACUGAGUCAGAGGCUCACUGAAAAAGAGAAGAAUAACAGUGAACAACUAAAGGCUGUGAAAAGAGAGAGUGACAAGAUAGCAGAACAACUGAAAAAGGAGGAGGUAGAUGGAAGGAAGAGAUUAGAGAAGAUAGAGGAACUGAAAACUAGAAUGAUCUCACUGGAGGAAGAAAGAGACAAUCUGGAGGCAGAACUGAAGAAAACUGAACUAUUGGAGAACAAGAUGUUUGCCGCGGAGAGAGAGAACUCACAGCUCAGAGAGAGGGAGAGAGAAAGAUACCAGGAGGAGAGUCUGAGAAAGAGGAGGAAGGAGUCGGAGGGAAGGGAGAGAUUAGAGAAGAUAGAGGAACUGAAAACUACAAUAAUCUCACUGGAGGAAGAAAGAGACAAUCUGGAGAGGGAAAUGGUGGAAAUGAGUCAGAGGUUUAAAGAAACAGAGAAUAAAGAGAGUAAACAACUGAAAGACAGAAGAAGAGAGAUGGAGAAGGUGGCAGAAGUUCUGAGAACAAGGGAAGGAGAGAUGAGAAAGAGAGAGGAGGAGAUGACAGAGCUGAAAGCCAUGAUCAUCUCUCUGGAGGAAGAGUUGAAGGACAUUGAGAUAUUAAAGGGAAACCUUCAGGCUUUAGAAGAGGUCAACACCAAACUCCGCGACAAGGAGAUAGAGGAAAAGACGAAGACGGAAAAGAGAGAAGCAGAAGAGAGGGAGAGGGCGGAGAGAUUGAAAGAAGAGCUGACACAGAAAGACGUGGAGGUACAGGAGGUGAAGAACAGGAUGGAGGGAUUGGAGAAGGAGAGGGAGGAGAUGUCGUGUCUGUUGGAGGAGAGAGACACAGAGCUGGAGAGACUAACCGUAGAACACAAGAGCCACCAACACAGAGAGAGAAAACUGAAGGAGGAGGGGGAGAGAUGGAGAGAGAAAGCAGAGGAGGGAGAGAGAUGGAGAGAGAAAGCAGAGGAGGGAGAGAGAUGGAGAGAGAAAGCAGAGGAGGGAGAGAGAUGGAGAGAGAAAGCAGAGGAGGGAGAGAGAUGGAGAGAGAAAGCAGAGGAGGUAGAGAGAUGGAGAGAGAAAGCAGAUGAGGGAGAGAGAUGGAGAGAGAAAGCAGAGGAGGGAGAGAAAUGGAGAGAGAAAGCAGAGGAGGGAGAGAGAUGGAGAGAGAAAGCAGAGGAGGUAGAGAGAUGGAGAGAGAGAGCAGAAGAGGGGGAGAGAUGGAGGGAGAGAGCAGAAAAGAGAGCAGAAGAGGGGGAGAGAUGGAGGGAGAGAGCAGAAAAGAGAGCAGAAGAGGGAGAGAGAUGGAGGGAGAAAGCAGAGGAGGGGGAGAGAUGGAGGGAGAAAGCAGAAGAGGGGGAGAGAUGGAGGGAGAAAGCAGAGGAGGGGGAGAGAUGGAGGGAGAAAGCAGAGGAGGGGGAGAGAUGGAGGGAGAAAGCAGAAGAGGGAGAGAGAUGGAGGGAGAAAGCAGAGGAGAGAGCAGAAGAGGUAGAGAGAUGGAGGGAGAGAGCAGAGGAGGGGGAGAGAUGGAGGGAGAGAGCAGAGGAGAGGGAGAGAGAAUAUGAGAGACUGAGUCAGAGGCUCACUGAAAAAGAGAAGAAUAACAGUGAACAACUAAAGGCUGUGAAAAGAGAGAGUGACAAGAUAGCAGAACAACUGAAAAAGGAGGAGGUAGAUGGAAGGAAGAGAUUAGAGAAGAUAGAAGAACUGAAAACUAGAAUGAUCUCACUGGAGGAAGAAAGAGACAAUCUGGAGGCAGAACUGAAGAAAACUGAACUAUUGGAGAACAAGAUGUUUGCCGCGGAGAGAGAGAACUCACAGCUCAGAGAGAGGGAGAGAGAAAGAUACCAGGAGGAGAGUCUGAGAAAGAGGAGGAAGGAGUCGGAGGGAAGGGAGCGAGAGGAGAGACUGAGAGGAAAGCUGGAGCUGAGAGAAGGAGAGGUUGAGGUCUUGAGAGUGAAGUUGAUUGUCUUAGAAGAAGAGAGGGAUGAGGGGAAGAGAGAGCAGCAGACACUAGAGGGGAAGAUAGAGAGACAGAUGGCUCAGCUGAGGGAAAGAGAAGAGGAGGUAGAGAAACUGAGGGAGGAGGAAGAGAAGGCCGGGGCUAGGCUACAGCAGAGCGAGGAAGAGUUGAGAAAUCUGAAAGACAGAAUGCACCAGUCAGAGCUCUCAGAGAAACACGUCUCAGACCUUCUGAUAGAGACGGAGUGUUUACUCGAGACCGAGAGGAGUCAGAGCAGAGACAGGGAUAAAGCACUACACCUGGCCAAGGAGGAGAGGGAGAGAGAACGGGCACAGGAAACAGAGCAGCACAACGGGAGACUGGAAGAGGAGGUGAAGAAAUGGAAAGAAAGAGUGGAGGAACGGAUAAAAGAAGUAGCAAGGCUCUCACAGCUCCUGAAGGAGAGAGAGGAGGAGGACUUUAGGGUGACAGCGAUAGAGAGCGGUGGAGAAAGACAGAGACAGAAGGAGGAACUGAAAAGGAGUGAGGAGGAGAGGGAGAGACAGGAGGAUGUUUUGAGGAGGAACAAGGAGGAGAGGGAAUGGUUGGGUGCCCAGCUGAAAGAGGAGCAGACGGAGGGAGAGAGACUGAGGUCCAGACUAGAGGAGGUGCAGAGAGGACAACGCCUCCUGCAGGAGGAUAGAGGAUGUCGCGUAGAGAGGCUGGGGGCUCAGGUUAAAGCCCUGGAGGAGGAGAGAGACCACCUCUUAGCUGAGAUCAGGAAGAAGGAGAGAGAGGCUGGAAUCCUGAAGGAUGAGACUCACAGAGAGAGGAGAGAGAAGGAGAGGACUGGCUCCUCACUGAGAAGGAUGGAGGAGGAGUUGAAGGAGAGCAGGGAGGCGCUGGCCCUCCGUCUGGCCACCCUGAAGGAGCAGGGAGCAGAGAUGACCAGGAUCAGGGAGAGAAGCAGGAAGGAGGUGCAGGAGAAGGAGGGGGACAACCAGAAGAUGAGAGAGGGGCUGAAGACAGCCAUGCAGGAGAUGGCUACCCUGAACCAGCUGCUGGAGGAGAGCCACAGGGAGGGGGAGAGGCUAAGGAGCCUCCUGCAGAAGAGGAAAGAGGAGAUGGUGAAGAGCAGGGAGGAGAGCCUGCGUGCUGCCCGGGGGGAGGUGGAGGAGCUGCGAGGGAGGACCAGGGCUGUGGAGCAAGAGAAAAGGGAGGUGGAGAGAAAGCUCAGAGACAGAGAGGAGGAGAUGGAGGAGGCAGUGAGAGAGAAGGACAGGAGACAGAAGGAGAUGGAGGAGGUGUUGGGAGAGAAGGAGGCUGAGCUGACCACCACCAGGGCUAGACUGGAUGUCCUGGAGGAACAGAGGACAGAGCUCAGAUGUCUGGCUGCUGAGAAGGCAGUUACACAGCUCAGAGAGAGAAUCAGAGUGGUGGAGGGAGAGAUGGAGGGAGUGAGAGAAGAGAAGAAGUGCGAGAUCGAGAGUCUUCAGCGAAAGAUGGAGACGUUGAAACAGGAAGAGGAGGAGAGGAGGGAGAGUCUGAAACUAAGGGAGCAGGAGAGCCUGAGGCGUGUAGAGUUAGUCACGGACAUGCUGAGAGAGAGGGAGACGGAGCUGGAGAGGGUGAGAGAGAAAGCUUACAGAGAGGAGAAAGGUCAACUGGAGGAGAGGAAGAGAGACACAGAGGAAGUGAAACUGCAGAGUCUGGAGAAAGAAGAGACAGAUGAACAGAGGAGACUGAUAGAGCCUGGGGAACAAAGGGAGGCGACAGACCAGAAGAGAGGAGAAAGAAGUCGGGAGGGUCCAGGAAGAGAGGUCUGGCUUCAGGACGAGGUAGAUACUCUGAGGAAGAGCGUGUCCUCCCAGCUCCUGGACACAGAGGAAAGGGAGAGACUGUUGAGACAGAGAGAAGAGGAGGGCCAGGAGAGUCUUAGACUGUUGAGACAGAGAGAGACAGAGCUUUACACCCUGAGAGAGAGAGUAGAGGAACUCGGUAAGGACAGAGACCGUGUCACAGCUGCCCUGGAGAAGACUGAGGCUACCAUGAUUGGCUACCGGGACAGAGCCCACCAACAGGAGCAAAGCAGAGGGGCGGGAUCUGAGGUUAGUACAACUCCUCUCUAUGGCUGCGCCCCAAAUGACCCCUAUGGACCCUGGUCACUAGUAGUGCACUAUACAGGGAAUAGGACCCAGCUAGAGAUGGACCCUGGUGUAAAAGACUGUCUGUCUGUCCUGCAGAGGGCCGUGGCCCAGCUAGCGAUGGACCCUGGUGUAAAAGAAUGUCUGUCUGUCCUGCAGAGGGCCGUGGCCCAGCUAGAGAUGGACCCCCUGGUCCAGGAACGCCUGUCUGUCCUGCAGAGGGCCGUGGCCCAGCUAGCGAUGGACCCUGGUGUAAAAGAAUGUCUGUCUGUCCUGCAGAGGGCCGUGGCCCAGCUAGAGAUGGACCCCCUGGUCCAGGAACGUCUGUCUGUCCUGCAGAGGGCCGUGGCCCAGCUAGAGAUGGACCCCCUGGUCCAGGAACGUCUGUCUGUCCUGCAGAGGGCCGGUGCCCAGCUAGAGAUGGACCCCCUGGUCCAGGAACGUCUGUCUGUCCUGCAGAGGGCCGUGGCCCAGCUAGAGAUGGACCCUGGUGUAAAAGACUGUCUGUCUGUCCUGCAGAGGGCCGUGGCCCAGCUAGAGAUGGACCCCCUGGUCCAGGAACGUCUGUCUGUCCUGCAGAGGGCCGUGGCCCAGCUAGAGAUGGACCAUAGACGGCUACAGAGGAGGAACACACUACUGGAACAACGCACUGACAGACUGAAGACUGAGAGGAAACACCUCAGAGAGAUGCUGACACAGACGGAGAGAGGAUCAUCACGUGAUGAGUUGUCCUCCACCAGCCUCAGAGACAGAGCUCAGGAGUCCAGGGGCUUGGUUGGUCUGGAAACAGAGGAGUUGGGACUCCUUAGGACCAAGGUGAAGGAGCUAGAGGACCAGCGCGCCUCCCUGAAGCGAUUUCUCCAACCGUUGAAAAGAAGAGAAGCCGUGUACACAGAGUGUAUUUUGGGGAGGUGCACGGUCACUGGGCCGCGGGACUAUUACAGUUCUGUAGCUUUGGACUCUGAAUCACGCAGAGGAAUUAAUGUUGACCGUUCCCUAACCUCGCAGGUACACUACCUACAGCUGUCACUCGUCCUCGACCACCGGGAGAGGGUGGAGUUUAUCCAACACUCCUCCAGGAACAACCAAUGGCUGCUGUCUCUUCGCCAAGACUUGACUGAUUCUCUGCUAUUGGUCUCGCAGCAACCAAUCCCCUCUGUGCUGGAGUCAGAGACACACCGAUUGGAUAGGAGUGUCAGGGAGGAGGAGAUGAGAUUGUCUCUCAGUCAGAGUUGAAGAUGAAGCACAGUAUGUUUGCCUCCGAAAUGGCACCCUAUUGUCUUCCAGGGCUCUGGUCAAAAGUAGUGCACUAUAUCUGGAAUAGGGUGCCAUUUGGGUCUAAAGUAGUGCACUGUAUCUGGAAUAGGGUGCCAUUUGGGUCUAAAGUAGUGCACUAUAUCUGGAAUAGGGUGCCAUUUGGGUCUAAAGUAGUGCACUAUAUCUGGAAUAGGGUGCCAUUUGGGUCUAAAGUAGUGCACUAUAUCUGGAAUAGGGUGCCAUUUGGGUCUAAAGUAGUGCACUAUAUCUGGAAUAGGGUGCCAUUUGGGUCUAAAGUAGUGCACUAUAUCUGGAAUAGGGUGCCAUUUGGGUCUACAGUAGUGCACUAUAUCUGGAAUAGGGUGCCAUUUGGGUCUAAAGUAGUGCACUGUAUCUGGAAUAGGGUGCCAUUUGGGACCUAGCCUAUGUAUACUGAACAAAGAUAUAAACACAACAUGCAACAAUAUCAACAAUUGUACUGAGUUCUACUUCAUAUUAACUCAAUUGAAAUAAAUGAAUUAGGCCCUAAUCUAUGGAUUUAACAUGACUGGGCAGGGGCACAGCCAUGGGUGGGCCUGGGAGGGCAUAGGCCCACCCACUGGGGAGCCAGGCCCAGCCAAUCAGAAUGAGUUUUUCCCCACAAAAGGGCUUUAUUACAGACAGAAAUACUCCUCCGUUUGAUCAGCUGUCUGGGUGGCUGGUCUCAGACGAUUUCGCAGGUGAAGAAGCUGGAUGUGGACCUCCUGGGCUGGCCUGGUUACACGUGGUCUGCGGUUGUGAGGCUGGCUGGACGUAACGCCAUAUUCUCUAAAAGGACAAUGGAGGCGGCUUAUGGUAGAGAAAUGAACAUUCAAUUAUCUGGCAACAGCUCUGGUGGACAUUCCUGCAGUCACCAUGCCAAUCGCACGCUCCCUCAAAACUUGAGACAUCUGUGGCAUUGUGUUGUGACAAAACUGCACAUUUUAGAGUGGCCUUUUAUUGUUCCUAGCACAAGGUGCACCUGUGUAAUGCUCAUGCUGUUAAAUCAUCUUCUUGAUAUGCCACACCUGUCACGUGGAUGGAUUAUCUUGGCAAAGAAGAAAUGCCCACUAACAGUGAUGUAAAUUAAUUUGUGCACAACUUUAAAUGUUGUGUUUAUAUUUUUGUUCAGUGUAGUUAUCAUAUACCUUUUAUGCGUUUGAAUCCGAGUUGGGGUCAAUUCACUUUUCAAUGUAGUCAAUUCAGGAAGUGAAUAUUUCCAAUUCAUGAGGAUUUUUCCAAUUCAUGAAAGCCCGAUUCCGACUUAGGAGGCCUCUCAUACCCACUAAAGUAGUCGGUAUCCAGACUUAACUUAUGAAGGUGUGUAACGUGCUUUUCUUUUGAGCUCGCUGAAUACAUUUAAUUAAACCGCUGAAAACCCUCCCACUUGCUGGGCGA